GGACUCUCCCUCCCUAUCACGCUGGACCUCCAUUCCACCAUUAAUGGCAGAACCCAGACUCUAGAAACCGGAAACUUCACUACUAUAAGAAGAAAGCUUCCGUCUCUACAUGGAUUCCCUCCUGCUUUCCUUCCUUGUCCUUUCCGUUCUAUUUCGCCCAGGAGCUGCGUCUCCUUCGGAGGAUUUGGAGCUUCUCAUCUCCUUCAAGGGCUCGCUCCCCGACCCCAAGAUCCUCCCGAGCUGGAGACCCGGCGGGAACCCUUGCUUCUUCGCUGGCGUCUACUGCAAGGGCUCCCGCGUCGUCGCUGUCGCCCUCGACCGCCUCCCCCUCAGCACCGACCUCCGCUCCGUCGCCUCCACCCUCUUCGCCAUGGGAUACCUCGAAUCCCUCUCCCUUGCCUUCGUCAACCUCACCGGAACCAUCGGCUCCGCCGCCGGUUUCCGCUGCGGCGGCCGCCUUACCGGGCUCGACCUCGCCGGAAACCGCCUGGUCGGGUCCGUCGCCGACGUCUCGGUUCUUGUCACCUCGUGCGCGCGUUUGAGAUCCUUAAAUCUCUCCAGCAACGCUGUUGGGACCUCCACCGCCGGGAAUGCCCCCUCCGGCGGCGUAUUCCUCCUCCAGACUCUCGACCUCUCCUUCAACAAGAUCUCCGCCGAGACCGACCUUCGGUGGCUCCUUUCCGGCUCCGACAUCAAGCUCUUGGAUCUGGCUGGAAACCAGCUCUCCGGCAUGAUUCCGGCCAUCCCCAACUGCUCCGCCCUUUACCACCUCGACCUCUCGUCCAACCAUCUCUCUGGCGAGAUCGGCGCCGGAAUCUUUAGCCAAUGCCGGAAUCUAGUCUUCUUGAAUCUGUCCUCCAACCACUUUUCCGGUUCUUUCCCCGGCGAUCUCUCUUCUUGUUCCUCUUUAGAGUCCAUCAGCCUCUCGGGCAACAACUUCUCUGGAGAGUUCUCCGUAGAAGCACUCACCUCCAUGCCCAAUCUUAGGAGAGUGGAGCUUGCCUUCAACAACCUUACCGGAAGUCUUUCUGAUUCAGUCUCAAAUCUUGUAAAGUUAGAGCUACUCGAUCUCAGCUCGAACGGCCUAUCAGGGCCGAUUCCCUCCGGCCUCUGCCAAACCGGUGGCCCCAGCUUAAAGGAGCUCUAUUUACAGAACAAUGCCUUCACAGGCUCCAUUCCAGCAAGCCUCGGCAACUGUUCGAUGCUCGUGUCCCUAGAUCUCAGCUUCAAUUACCUCACCGGAACCAUUCCGUCCUCCCUCGGGUCGCUCUCCAAGCUCCGUGAUCUGAUCAUGUGGCAAAACUUGCUCCAAGGCGAGAUUCCGGGUGAGCUAAGCUAUAUCCAGACCCUGGAGAAUCUCAUUCUCGACAACAAUGAGCUCACCGGUCCGAUCCCCGAUGGCCUCGGAAACUGCUCCAGUUUGAACUGGAUCUCCCUCUCGAGCAACCACCUUAGUGGCGAGAUCCCCUCCUGGAUCGGCCGGCUGAACAAACUUGCCAUCCUUAAGCUCAGCAAAAACUCGUUCUCCGGCGCCAUCCCGCCGGAGCUCGGGGACUGCAAGAGCCUGAUAUGGCUCGAUCUUAACAGCAAUAGAUUGAACGGGGCAAUUCCGGGAAGCCUCGCCAAGCAAUCCGGCAAGGUAGCCGCCGGUCUGGUCACCGGGAAGAGGUACGUGUAUCUGCGGAAUGACGGGAGCAAGGAGUGCCGAGGGGCUGGGAACCUGCUCGAGUUCGCCGGCGUCCGGCCAGAACAGCUCGGCCGGCUGCCUAGCUGGCGGUCCUGCAACUUCACCAGGGUCUACAUGGGGAGGACCCAGUACACCUUCAACAACAACGGCUCCAUGAUCUUUCUCGAUCUCUCCUACAAUGAGCUGGAGGGCCAGAUUCCAAAGGAACUCGGGAGCAUGUACUACCUCAUGAUCUUGAAUCUAGGCCACAACAUGCUCUCUGGUCUCAUCCCGCCGGACUUGGGGAGCUUGCGGUCCGUUGGGGUCCUCGAUCUCUCCCACAAUGCUCUUGAAGGUCCAAUUCCAGGUAGCUUCUCUGGCCUCUCGAUGCUUUCAGAGAUUGAUCUCUCCAACAAUAAGCUCAAUGGGACCGUCCCUCAAGGGGGUCAGUUGGCGACAUUUCCCCAAUACCGAUAUGAGAACAACUCAGGCCUUUGUGGUUAUCCUCUCCCAUCUUGUGACAAGAAUCUUACAUCGAACUCAAGCAGCCAGCAUUCAGAGUCCCACCGACGGCAAGCCUCUGUUGCAGGGAGUGUGGUGAUGGCAUUGCUCUUUUCCCUCUUCUGCAUCUUUGGCGUCAUCAUAAUCGCAGUUGAGAGCAGGAAGAGGCAGAGGUGGAACAAGAAUAAUAGCGGCCGUACCCGAGAUCUACACAUCGAUAGCUUGUCUCUAUCGGGCACCUGGAAUUCCAGCUGGAAGUUCACAGGGACAAAGGAAGCCUUAAGCAUCAGCCUUGCCACAUUCGAGAAGCCCCUUAAGAACCUCACUUUGGCUGAUCUCCUCGAAGCCACCAAUGGCUUCCACAAUGACAGAUUAAUUGGUUCCGGCGGAUUUGGUGAUGUUUACAAAGCCCAGCUCAAAGACGGCAGCGUGGUAGCCAUAAAGAAAUUGAUUCACAUUAGCGGGCAAGGUGAGAGGGAAUUCAUUGCCGAGAUGGAAACAAUCGGUAAGGUCAAGCACCGGAACCUCGUUCCCUUGUUGGGCUACUGCAAGGUCAAAGAAGAACGCCUUCUAGUCUAUGAAUACAUGAAGCAUGGCAGCCUAGAGGAUGUGCUGCAUGACCGGAAGAAGGAUGGGAUCAAGCUCAACUGGGCAGCCAGGAGGAAGAUCGCCAUCGGAGCAGCCAGAGGCUUAGCAUUCCUCCACCACAGCUGCGUUCCCCACAUAAUUCACAGAGAUAUGAAAUCGAGCAAUGUCCUUCUCGAUGAGAACUUGGAAGCCAGGGUGUCGGAUUUCGGAAUGGCAAGGCUGAUGAGCGCAAUGGACACACAUUUAAGUGUUUCCACACUAGCCGGAACGCCUGGCUAUGUUCCACCGGAGUAUUACCAGAGCUUCCGCUGUACCACCAAAGGGGAUGUGUACAGCUAUGGCGUGGUCCUGCUCGAGCUCCUAACUGGCAAGCAGCCCACGGACUCGAUGGACUUCGGGGACAGUAACUUAGUCGGAUGGGUCAAGCAGCACCCAAAGCUUAGGAUCAGUGAUGUAUUCGAUCCCGAGCUUCUAAAGGAAGAUCCCACACUGGAGCUGGAGCUGCUGGAGCAUCUAAAAAUUGCUUAUGCUUGCCUGGACGACAGGCCAAUGAAACGUCCCACGAUGCUAAAUGUGAUGGCAAUGUUCAAGGAGAUACAGGCCGCAGACUCCACUGCCUCAGCUGCUGUUGCAUCGGUGCACGGAAGUUACCAGAUGGCCGAUAUUAGCAUGAAGGAAGGCAAAGAGGAGAAAGAUUGAAGGAUGGGAGCAGAUUAGAAAUUCCAGAAGUCUUCAGAGAGGAAGGUGAUGGACAUUCAUUUAAGAAACUCCCUGUUAUCUCUUUCACCACUUACCAUGUCAAUGGUAUGACAAUUUUUUCAUGUAGCUCCACCAGUUAAUGUAUCAUAUAUAAAUAUCCAGGAUCGCUUUAUAUGUUAUAUGCAUUGUUCAAGAUUUGUUUUGUGCUGUACAGAUAUGUGGUUUUUGUUCAUUUCUAUUUAUUUUGGUUCAAUUUAGUGAA